UAUCGAAUUGAGUGAUGAGUCGCUUGUCGCGCCUUAUUUAUAUAAUUUGUGUUUUCGCAUUUUAUAGUCUUUCAUUAUGCUAAAAAAUUGGUUUGAUACUUAUUUUAAUACCUAGAAAAUUCGGAAUCGUUUGAAACAAAAAGCACUAGUAGAUAUUUUACAAAUGUUGCAAAGGUAACCUCUUUGAAUAGGACAGCAAAAAAACGGCAAAUCAUGAGUAAACGACGACGGGCAGGUUCUUUGCCUAGGUAUACAGAGGACGAUUCUUUAGAUAGUUUUGAAGCAUCUACAAGCAGUGGACCAACAACUCAAAAAAGGAGAAAACUAUUUGACCCUAUUGAAAUUUGUCAACAAUUACUGGAAAUCUUGAGGAAUCACAAAAAAGAGGAUGGUACAUUGCUCAGUGAAUCCUUUAUUAGGGUGCCAAAACGUAGACAAGAACCAGCUUAUUAUGAUGUCGUUUCGAAUCCAAUUGACCUUAUCAAAGUUCAACAAAAACUUAAAAUGGAUGAGUAUGAGGAUGUGGAAGACUUACAGAAUGAUAUAGAACUGAUGGUUAAUAAUGCUAAAUCUUUCUAUAAGAGAAAUACUCAAGAGUUUAAAGAUGCUGUUGAAAUGAUGGACUUGUUUAUUACCAACAGGAAUAAAUUGUUAAAUAUAGAAGAUGAACCACCGUCCAAGAAAUCGGUUACGAACAACAGGCAAACAUCGGUCCAAAAGAACUCGACCGUAAAAAGGAGCUUACCGAAAUCAGAUCGAACUCCGCUCAAAUCCGACCACACACCUGUCAAAUACGAGCGCACCGUCACCAGGUCCGAUCGCGGUCUAAGCAAAUCGGAACGUAACAGCCUCUCCAGGCACGAACGCAGCCUUGCCAGAUCCGAACGAAAUGUCGUUAGCUCGGAUAGUCGUACCAGCUUGAAUUGCGACGACAGCGCCUCGGAUAUCUCGGACGAUUCGUGUCCGUUCGAAGAACUAUUGGCAGCCGUAAUGGGCGCCAAAGACGAACACAAAAAGUUACUGUACCCGGCUUUUCAAUUACUGCCAUCUAGGAAAAAGUAUCCGGACUAUUACGAAGUAGUGGAGCAGCCCGUCGAUUUGAAAAUCGUCACAAAUAAGGUUCAGAAUAAUAAGUAUAAAUUCUUGUUUGAGCUGGAGAAGGAUUUGCUGUUGAUGUGCAAGAACGCCUGUUUGUACAAUGAACCCGGAUCUCAUAUUUAUAAGCAAGCUAAGGUGUUGCGAAAGUUCGUUCAAGAGAAGAGAAUCGAAAUAGACACUCGCAGGGGCACUUUGCCCAUAAUGGCGACGCCGGCUCCGAGAAACAACGUGAAUCAAAAUUCGACGAAAAACAGCGCAACCAAAACCAGCCUAAACGCUAGCAAAGCGAGCCUCAAUGCCAGUAAAACGAGCCUCAGUCCCAGCAAAACGAGCCUCAGUGCCAGCAAAACGAGCCUAAAUUCCAGCAAAACCAGCCUGAAUUCCAACAGCAGGCACAACUCGUCGAAUUCGAUAAAACACAGUCGAUCGCCCAGCUUGAAUCGAAGUCAUACCACGCCGAAUUCGCACCGACACAGUACAUUUAAUUCGAGCAAACAUUCUUUGAGUUCGGUUCGAGAUCGGCUUAGUUCUAGUGUAAAUAGGAACAGUGUACAUAGACGCGGAGUGAGUCCGAAGUUUUAUAAAAAUCAUAGGAUUAGUUCGACGCCGUCGCCCAUCAGCAGCGCGUUCAAAUUGAAGCACAAGAAGAUCAGGAGUGGCAGCAUCGGAUCUCUGACUGCGAAAAAUCACGAUUCUGAUGCUGAUAUCGAUGCUGAUUCUGGCGCCGCUGUAGACUUAAACAAUCCGCAUUGGAAGCUGUUUGAAAUGGUCCGAACAGCGACCGGUAGCAACGGCAUGCGUAUGUCGGAGCCAUUUUGGAAGUUACCGUCUAGGAGAUUCUAUCCGGAUUAUUAUCGCGAAAUCAAAAAUCCCAUAUGUCUCGGUCAAAUUAGGAGAAAGCUAGUCAAAAAGGGCUAUGGUACUUUGAGCGAGGUAGCCGGCGAUUUGACUAUCAUGUUCGAAAACGCAAAAAAGUACAAUAUUCCGACUUCUAAGUUGUAUAAGGACGCUGUCAAACUGCAGAAACUGAUGCAAACUAAAGUUCAAGAGCUACUUGAUGUUGAUCAGUUGUUUACAGAAAAGGAGGUGGUGCGACGGAAACCGGGACCCAAACCGAAGAAUUUAUCUCCCGGAUCGGCGCCCAGGGGUCGACCGCCCAAAGAUACAACCGCUUUGAAAAAACGAUUACACAUGUUGGCCAAGUACAUGUUAGAUUACACGACUGAAGACGGUCGAAAACCCAUGCUGGCGUUCAUAGAAAAGCCGUCUAAAAAGCUGUACCCCGAAUACUACGAGGUCAUAGCGGAACCGAUAGACUUCCUCGAGAUCGAGGCCAAAAUCAAAGCCGAGCAGUACAGCUGCGAGGCGGAUCUCGUCAAGGAUUUCAAAUUGAUGUUCAGCAAUUGCAGGCAGUUCAACGAGGAGAACUCGCCUAUCCACGAGGACGCGAAUCUGCUAGAAAAGUACCUGUUAAAUAAAGUAGCUCAACUUAAGCCCGUCAACGUUACGCCCGAUAAACCGAAGCGGGAACGAAUCGUCCUGAAACCAAAUUUUUCCAACAGAUACAAACCGCGGCGGAUACUGUCGCCGCUCGAGAAAACCCUCAAGACUCUAUAUGAAGCUGUCAGAUACUAUCGCGAUCCCAAAGAGGGCCGACAACUGUCCCAAACCUUCAUGAAACUCCCAUCGAAACUCGAAUACCCGGACUACUACGAAGUGAUAUCGAAUCCGAUCGACAUGGAAAGGAUAUCGCAGAAGAUCAGGGCGAGCGAUUACGAAAACUUGGAGGAAUUGGUGGCAGAUUUCGUUUUAUUGUUCGAUAACGCUUGCAGAUACAAUGAACCCGAUUCACAGUUGUACAAGGACGCGUUGGUGCUGCAGAGGUUCUUGUUUCAGACGAAGAUGCAGCUGAAGGACGAUGAAAAUACCGUACCGGACGUCGCAUUGGUCGUACAGGACAUAUUUUUGAGUUUGUUUACGAAUGUUUAUAACUAUCAAGACGACGACGGUAGGUGCUAUUCCGAUUCGAUGGCAGAUUUGCCGGAACACGACGAAAUCGAUGGCAAAAAAGUACGGGCCGUCUCUCUAGACUUAAUCAAAAGGCGGUUAGACAAAGGAUUGUACAAACGCUUGGACGUGUUUCAAGAAGACUUCUUUAACUGCAUGGAACGUGCGCGACGCGUGUCACGAACCGAUUCCCAAGUGUUCGAAGACGCCAUAGAACUCCAAUUCUACUUCAUCAAACAAAGAGACGAACUGUGUAAAAAUGGCGAACUGCUAUCGUCUCCCGCUUUGAUGUACACCGAAGUAGAACUUAGAGCGUCCAUAGACGAUGUCAGAGCCGAAAAAGCUAUGAAGGAGUCUUUGGAUGACGAUACCGAAACUAGGUGUUCUGAAGAUUCGAUUCUUAAAGAAAUAAUAAACGUCAACGAAGAAAACAGUAACGGCAACAGCAAAGAAUCGAGCGAUAAAGAAGAAGAAGCGACAGUAAACAACAAAAAACCCACAGAAGCUCCGUUAACGUUAGAUAACGAAGGCGACGAAGAUAACAACAGUAAAGAUGCGAAUAACGUUGAUGAAGUUAGCGAGGACAAAGAGAAACCUAUUAAGGACUCGAAUAAAGAAACCAGUGACGAAACGGGACCUAGUGAAACUAAAGAACCUAGUGAAAGUGAGAAUAAACAACCCAUUGUCGAAAACUCUACCGGUAAAGAAACGAACGCCGUCGAGGAGACGAACGGUUGUGCCGACGGCGCAUCGAUGACUUGCAACGAUCGGACGUUCAGAGUGGGCGAGUUCGUGUAUUUAGAUGCCAAAGAAAAGGGUUGCGAACCGCACAUUCUCUGCAUCGAGCGGUUAUGGGAGAACGGCGGCCAACAGAUGAUGUACGGGAAUUAUUUUUUGAGACCGGACGAGACAUAUCACGUGAAAACGAGAAAGUUUUUGGAAAGGGAGGUGUUCAAAUCGGAUUCGUACGUGGCGGUGCCGUUGCAGGAGGUGAAGAAGAAGUGUUGUGUUGUCAAUGUCAAACAUUAUUUCACCAUGAAGCCGGAGGGUUUCGACGACAACGAUGUAUAUGUUUGUGAAUCUCGAUACAGAACUAGGUUAAGGUUUUUUAAGAAAAUUAAAAUAUACCCGGAAAGCGGGGCGGUGAAAUUAAUUCCCAGAGAAACGCCGCUGAAACUCAAGAGGGUCAUGUCAGUUUUUCGCGAACGCAUAGAGAAACAUAAGGACGAACUACAAGAGUUGGAAGAAUUAGAAAAAUUAGUCGAAAAGGAAAAACCGAAUAUCGUGGCUUAUAACAAUAUGGAAAUAGACGAUGGUAACACUUACUAUGAACAGUUCAACACGGUGUGUUCUGGUGUGAUUAAAACGGGUGAUUUUGUAUAUGUAGUAGCUGAUGGUGGUAAACAAAUUAUAUCGCAAAUAGACAGUAUUUGGGAAACUAAAGAUGGUAAAUGUUACUUUCGGGGACCGUGGUUCAUCUAUCCCGCGGACAUUCCUCACAAUCCUACGCGGAUGUUCUACAAAAACGAAGUGUUCUUGUCUAGCUUGGAGGAUGCGAGUCCUAUUGUCAGUAUUAUAGGAAAAUGCCACGUUUUGGAACUGAACGAUUGGGUUGUAUACCGGCCCACCGAAAUACCAGAAACGGACGUGUAUAUUUGCUCGUCGAUGUACGACGAGAUCAAUAGGCAGGUGAAGAAACUUCCGCCGGGCGGUCUCAAGAAGUACACUCACAGCCUCACUGUCACCGACGACGAGAUUUACUUCUUCAACAGGGUGCUUCACCCACCGAAGGUGACAGCAGUUAAAAAAAAGAACUUUAAUCGAAAUUCCCAAAAAACUAAAGCCUCGACAGAAAUUAAAAUUGAGCCUACUCAAUUGAUAAAAAUCGAACCAUCGCAUAUAAAAAUCGAACCCGUACAGAUAAAAAUCGAUCCGAUGCAACACAUUAAAAUCGAAUCGCCUCAGUUAUCGAAAAUGAGCGAUAUGGACGUUAUCAUGGAAGAUUCACUGGAUGGUGGUCCGCCGUCCGUUGGUUCAGGGGAAAUACCUGUUGUCGUUCCAAAUACCCCUGUGACCACGCCCGUUUCUACACCGGCUCCCACCUCUAAAAAGAAAUCCAACAAGAACAAAGUGGUGACAGGUUACAUCCUGUACUCGAGAGAAGUGCGUAAGCAAGUCGUUCAAAACAAUCCCGAAUCAACGUUCGGCGACAUCAGUCGUAUAGUCGGUAGCGAAUGGAAAUCGCUACCGCAAGGCGAGAAACAACACUGGGAAGAAAAGGCUUCGAAAUUAAAUGAAGAAACAAAGGCGCUGUUGUUGUUAGAACAGGAAGCCUGCGGCAGCCCUGCUCCGCCUCAAGUGCCACCGCCGCCGCCCGUAGAUCAAGUUUUCGAAUGCCUUUGGGACAACUGCGACUACCAGUUCGAGGAGGUGUCCGAUCUGAUCGAUCACUGCAUCAAGGACAAAGAAUCUCAAGGACACGUCCAGGCUUUCUACCAGGAGAACGCCGGCAUGGAAUUCAAUUGCUUCUGGCGCAAUUGCUCCAGGGCCAAGAAGAACGUUCAGCCUUUUCCCAACAUCACUCGGUUGAUCAGACACGUGCGCGAUAUGCACAUCAACAAGGGUAACGGUAGAAGCGUGCCGCCCGAAAAUCGCAGCAAGAACUUCAAGCCUUCCAGUAAGCCUGCAGCCGUUAAUCGUCCGACUUCCUCUGCUACUCCCAAUGCUCUAUCUUCGUCGAAUGUGUUGUCACCUAACGCCCAAAAACCGCAAGAACCGAUGUUUAUAUCCGUUCCUCCCCGUCCUCAACGUGUGUUACAUUCCGAAGCAUAUAUUAAGUACAUUGAGGGCCUCGCGGUGGAGAACAAGCACGUAACGUCCUGGGAAAGGACCCUCCAGGCCACGCAGGAGAACACGCCGGCUCCCGAACCGGACAUGGAAAAAUUGAAGCACGUGACGGCAUGGUUGGGUCGCAAGGCCGAUCAACACGACAACGUCGUGGCAGCUCUGUGGGCCCUCCGCAAUCAAUUGUUAAAGGAUACUUUGAGUUUACACAAGACUUUGUAAUUAUUAUAUUAAUAAUUUACCGAUAAGUUUAAAUUAUUGAUGAACGUUUUUAAAUUAUAGUUUUUUUUGCGCUCUCAUUUGUGUGAAGAUUUGUUUAUUGUUAUUAUUAUGGGUGUGUAUUAUUUUUCAAUUUUAUAUAGAAGAAAAAUAUAUGGAUUAUACAUAAAUUA